UCUUAUUGCAUCUUGUCAUUUGCCUAUAAAUGCAAGCCAUCACCCACCAAACAUGGCAUCCCAUUAAGUCCAUAGCUGGCUUGCUCUCAACUGCAAAGUUCAUAAAUAUAUAGAACACAAGGAAAUAACGGAGAAGUUGACAGAAAGGAAGAAACAUGAAAGGCAGGCAGUCAAGUUUCGUCUUCAUCAAGCUCCUGGUGAUACAAAGUGUGGCGGCUCUAAGCGUCGCCAGGGAUUUUGAUUUCUUCUACUUGGUUCAACAGUGGCCGGCGUCCUACUGCGACACAAAGAGAAGCUGCUGCUAUCCGACGACCGGAAAGCCGGCGGAGGAUUUCAGCAUUCACGGGCUAUGGCCUAACUAUGACGACGGCACUUACCCUUCUAACUGCGACAGUGACAACCUUUUCGACCCGUCUGAGAUCUCAGAUCUUACGGAGAGACUGCAAAAGCAGUGGCCGACGCUGGCCUGUCCGAGCGGCGAUGGAUACAAGUUCUGGGAGCACGAAUGGGACAAGCACGGCACCUGCUCCGAGAAUGUCCUCAACCAACACAGCUACUUCCAGAAGGCUCUCGACCUCAAGUCCAGGGCCAAUCUUCUUCAAGCGCUCUCCAGUUCAGGUAUUCGACCCAAUGGGAAAUAUUACAGCCUAGAUAGCAUCAAAGAAGCCAUCCAAGGAGCUCUUGGGGUUUCGCCUUACGUCCAGUGCAACGUGGAUCCAUCGGGCAACGACCAGCUCUACCAGGUUUACCUCUGCGUGGACUCUUCCGCCACCGACUUCAUGGAAUGCCCGGUUAUGCCGCACGGACGCCGCUGCGGUUCCAGGAUCGAGUUCCCUCCCUUCUCAGAUUCCAAUUCCAUUGGAGAAGAUUACGUUGAAGAGAUUUGAACCCCCACACCCACCGCGCCUGUGCCCGUGGAGUGGAUUAUAUAUGUUGUAAUGAGUUUUUCCUAAAACAAAAACAAUGUCUCUAAUCAUCCAUGCAUGCAUAAUCAACUCAGUAAUAAAGCACAAUAACUACAUAGCUACUAGUUUCUCUCUCUGUCAAAGAAUCAAUGAAUUAAUGAUCUAAAAAGGGAAUUUA